UCAUUAGGCUCUAAUGAAUUUUAAUUUGUUAAAACUUUUACAAAUUUUGUUAGUAGCCUGCGCGUUAGGUAUUAAAAUGUAAAACUAGUAGAUAGGCCUAAUAAAUUUCAUACUUAAUGAGGCCUAGAACUAAUUGUGGAUCUGUUGGUGUAAGUAAAGUACCCUUUAAAACGGUUAAGGUUCAUAGAGUAGGUGAAGUAGAGUUCAUCUGUUUUUGGCAUAUGAAGGGAUAGUGUAUUCAGUAUUAUGCCCAGCCGCCUUUACUUUCCGUAACUUAAACCAGGUACCGAUCAGAGCUCAGUGGACUCUGGGACAUCAUUCAGACUCGAGUCAGGAUCAGAACUCUAGAAUUUUUAGUAAGCAAUUGAGCACUGUACCGUUGGACUACACCCUCCCAUUAUGUAAUGUAAGCUUUAGGUUAAAGUGAAGAAAUAGAAUGUAACAUUUUAGUGCCUUUUAAUUGUCAUUGAAUUUUAAUUGUUACUGUAUUAUACUAACUAAAUUUAAUUAGGCUUAGGAAAGUGGGCUUACUUACUAAAUAAUAGCUACUAGGCCUAAUAAUAAUUUAUAGAGACCUGUGAGAAUAUUUUGUAAAAAAUAAAAAUUCAGCCAGCAGUGGGAUCUUUUCUUUAAAAACCAGGAGUCUGAAAAAUAAUAUUCUAAAUUGUCUGGAUCUGCUGCUUGAUGCAAGCAUUAGGUUAUUCUAGACAGUAAAGAGUUUUGAACCUGAUGGUCCAUGGGGCAAGUAGAAUUCACCUGUAUCUGUGACCUUGGCAUAUGAAGUGGUAGUGUGGGCGGCACUAUUUCCAGCCCCUUUACUUUCCCUAUUGUGAGUUUUGUGGACUCAGGGAUGUUCCACUGAAUUGAACCCAGAUUCAAGUUGGACCAUUUCAGGAUAUGAGCAGCAUCCAAGAGACUGAUUUCAUCAAAGCGAGAAUGCCCACACAACGCGGCUUUAAACUGUUUGACCAUCAGGUGGCUGGUCAGUCUUUAAUUCUCCGCCUGGACGAGGAGACCAUCGGGAAAUGUAUGAUCCCCAGAGAAUACCAGUUCUACACAAACCUUCCCCACAUCUUGAAGCCAUUCGUGCCGCAGUUGAAAGGAAUGACACAAAUCCCAUUAAAGAUCCGGGACUGCUCAGAAGAGAGUGAUGUUAGCAGCGAGACUUCAGACAGCUGGCAGCAGAAGGAAGAUGCUGAGGAGGAUUUAACAGAACCCCUGCCACUGAAUGCAGACCGUAUCAGAGCUCUCAGCAAAACUAGCUGCACACACAAUGGCAAUGGUGUUUGUUACAAUUUCAUGCUACUAGAAGACUUGAUGUCGUACUUCAAACACCCCUGUGUCCUGGAUCUGAAGAUGGGUGUGAGACAACAUGGGGAUGACGCCCCCCCAGAAAAAGUCAUUUACCAAGAGAACAAGUGCAGAACAACAACAUCCCAUUCCCUGGGCCUCAGGCUGUGUGGGAUGAAGGUUUUCAAUGUUGAAAAAAAUGCGUACAUUUCUCGAGAUAAAAUGUUUGGUCGUCAGCUUUCAGAUGAUGACCUAAAAUUAGAAAUAGUUAACUUUUUGGACAAUGGUCAAAAACUGCGUCAAGAAUUAGUGAAGCCAAUUUUAUCCCAGCUGAACAGCUUGAAGCAGGUGAUAGAACAGCUAGAAGGGUACAGGUUCUAUUCCUGCUCUUUACUCAUUAUCUAUGAUGGCCAUGUACACAGUGAGUCAGACUCUUGUCAUAUCUCCAAGUGUAACUCUGAUUCUGUACAGUCAGACAGCAACAAUGAGAAAACAUGUCAAUCAGAUUCCCAUGUAGCAGACACUGAUUUGACUGAAAGAGAAAAUGAGAUGAUACAAGACAGUGAGGUUGAAGGAUGUGAACCCAAUGAGCAACUCAAUCCACAACCCAGAGGUCAAAGUUCACACAGUCCUGUUAUUCUGCGUAUUGUGGACUUUGCCCAUGCAACAUUUGAUGGUUUUGAAGGUGACACUGUCAAACAUAUAGGAGCAGAUCAUGGCUUUAUACUAGGCAUCAACACUUUACUAGAUGUUUUUAAAGAACUCUCUUAAUCACCUCAGGGUUCAUCUAUAUGUCAUUUUGUAACCUUAAAACAUCCAUCACAUGGGUUUUAAUAUCAUUGAAAGUUUCAGACAAGUGUAAAACAGAAAGAUAAGAUGGAAUAGAAGAGACUGGAAUAAGGUAAACCAUUCAAUUUGAAUUUCAUAUGUUGUUAAUGUAAUAUGAUUUGAGAACUGUUUGCAAACUUCCCUAACAUUAACAGUGUUUUAACUUUGUAUCUUGUCAUUGCUAUCUCUUUUUAUGUGUGUGUUAAAUACCAUAGCUUUUAUAAAAACAAGUUAUUUAAAAACAUUUUUCUGUCAUUACAGACCAUUUUUUAAAUCUCUUUGUUAAUUUGGACAAUUCAAGUUUACAAAUAUUUUUAUUUAAAAAAAAAAAAGAUGAGCUGAUUCAAAAUAAAAUCAUCUUUUUAUUUUAAUUGUGAUUUUGCUGCAUUAUUUAAGAAAUUUUUGUCAAAUUUUUUCUAACCACUGAUGCUGUGAGCUUUUCUUAAUAAUUGGUUGUUUAUUUAUUCUGUAUAUAUUUCUUAAUUUAAUAAACAGUUUGUUCUGUAAAUGCCAUUAUACACUUACCCUUUUUAACUGAAAUUUCUAUUUAUUCACUUUAUCAUUUAUUUUAUUUUUGUUUUAAAGUAUUGCAAAAAAAAAGUUAGAUAUCAGGGUAAAAAUAACAAUGUAGUCAUUCAUUCAUAUCUAUUGUUAUAUAUCCAUUUCAUCUGUGUGUGGUUAUGUGUGUAUGUACACACCCCCACCCACACAUAAACACACCUAAGCUUAUAUUGAGAGAGAGAAAUGUGUCCAUCUAGUUGGCUCAAGCCCACCAUAGGUGUUCAUUAGCCAGUAGAUCAGUUUAGCCACUAAAUAUGUAGCUUGAUGGAAUUAUGUGGAUAAAUGACAUCACUCAGUUGGUGUCUACUACUUUAUACUUUUAUUUUUGUGUGUUCUUUUGAAAAUUGUUGUAUUUUAAAAUAUUUAUAUACUAUACUAAACAAUGUAUCCAAACCGUAGCAAAUUAGUAGUUAAUAAAGGGAACUUUGAUAGUUCUAUUAUCUAGUGAUAGAACUUUGACUAAAACAAGCAUUGACCCCAUUGCAUUAUUUCUUCAUUUCUAUAAAUAUAGUUUUUGAUUAUUUUAAAAAUUGUUACUAAAUUUCUGCAUUAUAGUUCUUUCUUUUUUCUCCAUCAUGUAAAUAUACUGUAUAAGCUAAUGCUUAGUUUUGUAAAGUUCAUAUAUAGCUUGCAUAUCUUGUAUAGUGUAAUUUAAGUUCAACUGUUUCAUGUAAUAAAAGUGUGAGAUGUGUAAAUCCCAUUAAGAUAUGCCUUUAUGUACUAAACAUGCAAAUGUUAUGUAAACUAGGCUACACCUUACUCUGCCUUUGAUUCUGCCUUAACAAAAUUGGUAAUUGUGCUUUUAUUUUCAACUUUGACAGCAACUGGUAAAGUAUUUUCUGUGAAAAUUCUCUACCACUAUCCAAUUUGACUAUACACACAUUUUUUUUUAUACAGCAGCUUCUUUUUUUAACAGCAUUGAAACCUUCCAUGACCUGAAAUGACAUUUUGUAUUGACUGUGACCUAUGUAUGACACUGAGCAUAUAUGUUAUCCUCCAUAAUCCUGCCAUAGUACCAACUUUUAUUAGUAUUUUUAAAAAUUUUAGUGUUUCUUGACUUGUUAAUCUAUCUUUUUACUUAAUAGAUGAUGUACAGAUCAUCUAGUGAAUGAUGUGCACAUCAUCUAGUGAAUGAUGAGCAGAUUAGUGAAUGAUGUGCAUGUCAUCUAGUGAAUGAUGUGCAGAUCAUCUAGUGAAUGAUGUGCAGAUCAUCUAGUGAAUGAUGUGCAGAUCAUCUAGUGAAUGAUGUGCAGAUCAUCUAGUGAAUGAUGUGCAGAUCAUCUAGUGAAUGAUGUGCAGAUCAUCUAGUUGCGUGCUGGGAAUUUGUUGGCCCCAAUUUCAAGUGAAGUCACACUAAUGUCACUUUUUCCUAUUUUUAUUUGUAAAAAUAAAUUUCUUUUUAAGAAAAUGUUCAAUAAGAGCCACAUUUUUUUCACUUCCUGUUUAACUGAAAUAUUUAUAAAAAUCUUCCCAGUGGAGAAAAACCUUUGAGUAUGUAGCUGUACAUCCUGUUUCUAUUGUUAGAGGUGGGCAGCCACAUCUCUGUGCCUGUAACAGGUGUAAAUGUAAUUCAAGCUCGUUUUAAUUCACCACAGCACUGAAAGAAACUACUUUUAGUUUGACGGCAUUAGCUCUUCAGCCUCUGAGUAAAAAAAAAACAUUUCAUGCCCAGUCAACCUUCAGACAGCAAACGUUAAAGAUAAACAUUUCAAACUUUGUGUAACAGUUUAUUUUUUAAACAUUGCUCUUAAUUGAAUGGCAUUUGUAUUCCUAACUCGAGAUAUUGAUUUAGUUGACUGGCUGUUGGUAACCAAGGCCCAGGGUAUGUAGGCAUAGUUUAAGUGUACAUCUCUACUGACUGUGUGCACUUUAUGUGUAAAUUUAUCCAAAAUGGCCAAGUCCUAAAUGUCACCAAGUUAAUAAAUCUACAAAGUAUUGAAUGUAUAUCUGCAUUUAUUAAUAGACUGAUCACUCUAAUUUACAUUAGAGCGCUAGGGAAUAUGCAAAUGAAUUCAAACAAUUGAAACUUAUAUAUUGUCACUAAGACUUGUAACCAGACACUGUGGCUAACUUUGAUGAUCUCACCUCUAGGUUCAGUUUUCAGGACUAAAUAACACAUUGUUUUCUACUUUUUUGUUUAAGUUGAUGGGUGUGGGUUUCUGUAUUCAAAUAUACUUUUACCAUCUAUUUUUGUACCUUAUCUUUACAAGCUCAGAAAAAAAUGUGUUCUUGGUGUUCACUUGUGUAGGUCAUGGUUUUAUAAAACAUUUUUUUAAAAUUAUUUUGUAUCUAAGGAGACCAACUUAAAAUAUUGCUCACAUUAUUUGCCUGAUGUAUUGAUUUAGUUUUAGCACAGGCAUAUGAAUAUGUUAAUUUCAUCAUUGGCCUGAUAUUUUGUGUUUAGUGCAGGCAUAUGAAUAUGUUAAUCCAACUCUCUCUAGCCUUCAGAGAUGGCCCAUCUGUGAUAUUUGCUCCUCUCUGCCCAGGUGACUUCCUGUCACUGUGACUGAUACCUAAAGGCAGCAAUGACUGAAUGUUUUACUGCACCAUAAUUAUGCGAGUUACAAUGAUGGAUAUGGGACAGCAUGGUUUGAUGGUAGAGCAUACGACUAAGCCCACCCAGCUGUGAUGAGUACCUGACUCAUGUUAAGGAAAGUAAAGGCAGCUGGCUCAGUGCUAACCUUCAUAUGCAGAGGUCACAAAAAUAGGUGAACUUUACUUCACUUGCAGCUUAGACUGUCAAACUCAAAAGGGGAACUUAACUUUUUUUUUACAAUGACUGAUAGCUUUUAGUUGACCCACAAUUAUACAACACCUGCCACCUCAUCAUUUCUGGGAGCACAACAUUACCCCUUGGUUACUUUCCUGCCAUCUGCACAAAUACCCGCCCCCCCCCCCCCUGUAUGUUACGCCAUCCAAAACCCUACUGUAGGACCUUACCCCCUUCACCCAUCCUCACACCUCCGCCAAUUACAAAUCAACCUAAUCGUAACUUUAAAUGUUACAGCUAGGGUAAAAGAGGGGAGAUAAUGUCCUAAAUCCUAAUUUUUUUCAGUAAAUUCAAUAAAUACCUAUGGUUUUCUGCUUAAAGUUGUUUUUUUUUAAAUUCUGUUACAACCUUCAAAGAAGACCUCAGGGAGUUUAUAUAUAACAGGCACACAACAUUGUAGAGAUCACUUCUAUAACAGACAGGCUAAAUAACAGUGUAGUUAUCACUUCUAUAACAGGCUAAAUAACAGUUGAGUGGGUGACAAAAGACCACGUUAUUAUAUAAAGAAAUGUAGACCUAUUGUUGAUUUUUGUUUUACUUUUUUUAACCGACCAAAUGAGCCAUGCAGUGAUAUUUAUUUACUUCAGUUAUUUGUUCAUUACAAGAUUUAAUUUUUUAAAUCUUUAAGAUGUUAGCUUAAGUUUUCAGUUUUUUAUGUACUGCACCUUGACAUAUUGUAAUCACUAUUUUGAUUUUUUUUUUUAUAAAUGCUUAUAUAUUUGUUUUCGUAUUUCAAAAAUAUUUGUUUUUGAGUGUGCAAUAUAUAAUGAAACUAUUAUGUUUAGAAACUUUUUUUUCUUUUAGUUCCUAAUAAUUCAUAAUUUUUUAUGUCAAGAAAUUUUACUUUCCAACCAGUGUCAAAUACCAUUUUUAGUGAAAAUCUUUUUAGGCUUGACAAGUAUCUUGAAAUGUUCAACUUCUAAAUCAUCUGAAUUCUACCUGCACAUUUUUAAUGUUUGUCAAGUUUUUAUAAAUUGUAUACUAAGAACCAUAAUUCUUUCUAGAUGCUUGUAUUCUUUUAUAUUUUGGAAUUUUUUGAAUUUCAAUUUACCUGUUGUUAUUUUUAUUAAUAGAAUAAAAUCACUGUUUUUUUAAAAAAAUGUAGAAUACCAUUUGCUAUUCUUUAUAUUUAUAAAAACUAUUUCAAAAUGAUUGAAAUAAAAGUUCAAAAAAUAUGUCAAGUUGCAAAUUUUAAAAAUGAUUUGAAAAGUUUUCAUAUUAAAGUUUUUGCAAUCAUUGAUGUUGCACAUUCCAGCAUCACAACAAAGUAUUAAAUAAUGGUUUCAGAUUAUAUUCACUUUAUACCUUUAUUUCUGACUGAUUGUAUUUAUGGUUUAUUUUUAAUUUGUAUUAGCAUCCUGUUAAAUGAUAUUUGAAUAUAUUUUUUAACAAAUUAUCAGAGGACCAAGAGGUCCCACACAAAGAUUCUUCUCUUGUAUGACUGCACAGAAUAUUGAUUAGCUACAUGAAUUUGGUUAGGCAAAGAGGGUUAUAAGAAAUAACUGUCAAUGAAAAAGUUGACCAAUAUAUUUGAUUGAUCUGGUGCUGUUUUUAUAUCUUACAAGUUUGUGUGUCUGCCUUUCAGAUGCAUUGAAUGUAGUCUGUUCAGUUUGUUGGAAACUUGUGAAUAAUAAAACAAUUUAUAUAUG